AUGAAUCAAAGUGGACAGGAAUGACAGGAACAGGAGGACAACAGGCCAGGGGGGACAUGAGACCCUCAGCUGAUGUCACUUUUGACCCUGAGACUGCACAUCCAUGUCUCAUUGUGUCUGAAGACAGGAAAGAAGUGAGACUGACAGACACAUGGCAGAGAGUGACGGACAAUCCAAAGAGGUUUAACCACUGUGUUUGUGUCCUGGCCAGAGAAGGAUUCACGUCAGGGAGACACUACUGGGAGGUGGAGGUCGGGGGGAAGACUAACUGGGAUUUAGGAGUUGCCAGAAAGUCGGUCAGCAGGAAGGGGGAGAUUACAGUGAGCCCAUAUGAUGGAUACUGGACUGUGUGGCUGAGGAAUGAGAACGAGUAUGUAGCUUGCAUUGGCCGUCCUCUCCCCCUCCCGCUGAGAGUGAAGCCACAGACAGUGGGGGUCUUUCUGGACUAUGAUGAAGGUCAGGUCUCCUUUUACAAUGCCCAGUCCCGCUCUCACCUCUACACCUUCACAGACUCCUUCACUGAGCCCCUCUAUCCGUACUUCAAUCCUAAUCUUAAUGACGUGCCCGCUAUCCCCACCUAG